AGUGACGAUGAAUUAGAUGAUGUAGACAAGUAUGGAGAGUACGAAGAAUUAGAAAUUGACGAAGAAGAUGUGAACGUUUUGGAAAAGUUUAUGCCAAGUGCACCCGUGGCACGAAGAACUUUGGCUGAUAUCAUUAUGGAUAAGAUUAAUGAGAAGAAUGCAAUCGAGGGAAGAGGUGUCGACGGUGAAGAGGACGAUCAAGAGUUGUCUCCUGCACAAAACCCCAAGAUUGUGGAAGUCUACACAAAGGUUGGCCAUUUGUUGAGUCGCUACAAGUCUGGAAAAUUGCCAAAGGCAUUCAAGAUCAUUCCUUCGUUAACCAACUGGGAGGAGAUCUUAUAUCUUACAAACCCUGAUGAAUGGACCCCCCAUGCUACUUACGAGGCCACACGUAUGUUUGUAUCCAACUUGAAGGUCCACCAAGCUCAAAGAUUUUUCUCACUUGUCCUUCUGGAUCGUGUAAGAGAAGAUAUCCAGGAAAACAAAAAACUCCACUACCAUCUCUAUCUCGCAUUAAAGAAGGCCCUCUACAAACCCUCUGCAUUCUUCAAGGGCGUUCUAUUCCCUCUGUGUGAGUCAGGCUCAUGCACACUUAAGGAAGCAGCUAUUAUUGGCAGUGCCCUUUCCAGAGUUUCUAUUCCCGUUCUUCAUUCAUCCGCAGCAUUGUUGCGACUUGCAGAUAUGGAUUACACUGGCCCUAACAGUCUUUUUAUCCGUAUUCUUCUCGACAAGAAAUACGCAUUGCCCUACAAAGUUGUUGAUGCUAUCGUGGAUCAUUUUGUCCGUUUCCAAAAUGACCCUCGUGAGAUGCCUGUACUCUGGCAUCAGUCCAUGUUGGUCUUUGCACAAAGAUAUAAGCAGGAUAUGGUUCCUGAACAAAAGGAUCUUUUGAUGGGUGUCAUUCGUCACAAAUACCAUCCUCUUAUUUCUCCUGAUGUUCGUCGAGAAAUCGUUCACUCUGAAGCAAGAGACGAACUGCUCGGUGACAUUGACAUGAUGAUGGAUUAA